AGGCGCCAGCACCUCUGCCCUGGCUAUUUUUACCCGCUGGGAUCACGAGCAAGCGGGUGACCUUCCCUGCGGGACGCUGACACACAGCGGGGGCCAGCCGCUGGCGUCGGUACCCGGGGCGUGUGUCGGGCUGUGAAACGGCUGUUUCCCAUCUGUCUUGGCGGCAGCGGCAGCCAGUGAAGAGUGUUUUGGAGGGGCUGCUUGUGGCUUGAUAGAGAAGAAGGAUUGAGCCUACAGAAAGGAGCAGCUUGUUCGGCUCUGGAGGCGAGUUCAUGGCUGAGCCUUUGUCUGGCAGAGAUAGGGAGGGCACAGCCUGGGAGCUGCUGGGAGCUCCCCUGGCGCCGCGGGUGAGGGGCCGGUGCAAGUGGGACAAUGCCAACAUCUCAACUCUCUUCUUCCCUCUUUGGGGACAGCUUGUCCCCCGCAGCCCCAUGCCAGAGGUGGCAUUUUGCAAAACUCAAUGGGGAAUAAACAAACUCCUCAGCUCCCAGGACCCUCCUGCUGGUCAGUGGCAGCCCCCUGGCCUUGCCAUGUGCAUGGCCAUCCCUUAACCUGCUGUUCCCUCCUUCCUGCUCCAGGCUGGUAUCACCAUGGCCGUAUUCCUGAGCCAGUGGCGGAAGGCAGCAUGCCAGCGGAUUGGCUAAACCCCGAGGACGAUGAGCACCUUCGCAGCUGAGAGCCAGCUGGGCCCAGGACCUGGAGGAGCGGCCGAGGCAUGGUGCCGUGGCUGAGGCCGGCGUGCUGAGCUGUGCUGGAGCCCCGGGGCCAGCAGCAGAUGCUCUCUGCUCGGCACGUGGAGCUGCCGGAGGCCCUUGCCGCGGCUGGACCACGCGGAUGGAAAGCUGCAGCCCGGCAGGGAGCCUCACUGGCCAGCUGACGCCAUCCUGCACCCUAUGCCCGAGCCCUAUGCUGGAGCGGGCGCCCUUCCUGACUCAGCCGCCCGCCGACCAUGAAGUGCUCAUUGCGCUUCUGCUUCCUCUCGACUGCCUUCCUGCUCGUCUUCGUCAUGUCCCUCCUCUUCACCUACUCCCACCACAGCAUCGCCUACCUGGACCCCGGCGGGCUGGGUGGCAUCCACCGGGUGAAGCUGGUGCCCGGCUAUGCCGGCAUGCAGCGGCUCAGCAAGGGGGGGCCGUACCCCCGGGGCUGCGCCUGCCGCCGCUGCCCGGCCGAGGAGGCCGGGGCUACUGACUGGUUUGAUGGGCGCUAUGACGGCACUGUCUCCCCGGUUUGGACCAAGGAGAACAUGGACCUGCCGCCCGACGUCCAGAGGUGGUGGAUGAUGCUGCAGCCCCAGUUCAAGUCCCACAACACCCACGAGGUCCUGAGCAAGCUCUUCCAGAUCGUGCCGGGCGAGGAUCCCUACCGCUCCCGUGACCCGCACCACUGCCGCCGCUGCGCCGUGGUCGGCAACUCGGGCAACCUGCGCGGCUCCGGUUACGGGCCGGAGAUUGAUGGGCACGACUUCAUCAUGAGGAUGAACCAGGCUCCCACAGUGGGUUUUGAGGGUGACGUGGGUGGUCGGACCACGCACCACUUCAUGUACCCAGAGAGUGCCAAGAACCUGCCCGCCAAUGUCAGCUUUGUGUUGGUGCCCUUCAAAACCCUGGACCUGCUCUGGAUCGCCAGUGCCCUCUCCACUGGCCAGAUCAGGUUCACGUACGCACCUGUGAAACCUUUCCUGCGAGUGGACAAAGAAAAGGUGCAGAUCUACAACCCUGCCUUCUUCAAGUACAUCCAUGACCGCUGGACGGAGCACCACGGGCGCUACCCCUCCACCGGCAUGCUGGUGCUCUUCUUCGCCCUCCAUGUCUGUGAUGAGGUGAACGUCUUUGGGUUCGGCGCCGACAGCCGAGGCAACUGGCACCACUACUGGGAGAACAACCGCUACGCUGGGGAGUUCAGGAAGACGGGGGUGCAUGACGCCGACUUUGAGGCGCACAUCAUCGACAUGCUGGCCAAAACCAGCAAGAUCGAGGUUUACCGGGGGAACUGAGGGCUGCGCCUCCUCCGGUUCCCCUGUGCCAGCUGGGUCCAGCUGCCCGUGGGGCACAGGGCCAGGGUCUCCCCAGCGGCCUCGGGCGACGAGCGCUGGAUGGGCAGUCUGCGCCACCGGCAGAGCCGCCCCCGGUGAUAUUUGGUGCCUCCAGCAGCCAAUCAGGUUCAGAGCUAAAGGAGACUUUUUGCUUUUUUUUUAAUUAUAAUUAUUAUUAUAAUUAUUAAGAAAUCCGGCUGAGAAAGGAUUUGUAAACACAAUCAGCGACUGACCGGGCGGCGGGGGUGUCCACCUCGCAUCUCUUUACAGUCAAACCAAAUGCUGCUCUUUUUAAAACAAGACAAACCCCCCCCGCCCUGAAGCUGGGUGACUUUGGGGAGUGCCCAAGCGUCAUGUCCAGGCCGAGGGAGACGUGGCGGCCAAGCAGCCUUGCCAGUGGAACCCAGCUGCUUCUUUCUUCAUUUUAUUUUUUUUACCCACCUGGGGCAGCCGCUGCCAUCGUUUCCCAGGGAAGGCUCCCAGCAUACAGGCAGGUCCCAGCGUGGUCGCAAGUGCGGGGAGCCAGCAGCCUCCAUCCGACCUUCACCAACGCUCUGCUGCAGGCUGCCGGCACAGCCGGGCUGGGGGAUGGAGAGGAACCCCAGCUGUGGGGCCAGGCACCCCUGCUCCUCUCCCUGAGGAUUGAGGAAAGGUAGGACAGAUCACGGGGUCAACUGUGCAAAAGGCAGCUAAGAAACCUGCAGAAGCAGCAGCCCAGUCCCUCUGUCCAGGCUCUCUCGCUGGAUACUCGAGGGAUGCAGGAUGCAGUGGCUGAGGGAUGCAGCAGCAGGUCUGGCCCCGCUGGAGAGGAGGAGAUGAAAUUUCCCUUCACUUUCGGGCUGGGAAAAAGCAGAUUAGAGAUAGCUUUAGUGGGUGAAUGAACCGUGCUUUUGCUUUUGUGUUGCUAUAAACAGACAGCUCUGGUGAGAAGCUGAAA